UGUGUUGUUUUUUCUUAAUAGGUGCAAUGGAUGAGCUUCACAGUCUGGAUCCAAGAAGACAAGAAUUAUUGGAAGCUAGAUUUACUGGAGUUGCCACUGGGAGCACUGGGAGUACUGGGAGUUGCAGUGUUGGCGCGAAAGCCUCAACAAAUAAUGAAAGUUCUAAUCACAGUUUUGGAAGCUUAGGAUCUUUAAGUGACAAAGAAUCAGAGACCCCAGAGAAGAAACAAUCUGAGUCAUCCAGGGGAAGAAAGAGAAAAGCAGAAAGUCAGAGUGAAAGUAGCCAGGGAAAAAGUAUUGGGGGACGUGGCCACAAGAUUAGUGACUAUUUUGAAUACCAGGGUGGAAAUGGCUCCAGUCCAGUAAGAGGCAUACCUCCUGCAAUCCGUUCUCCGCAAAACUCACACUCACAUUCCACUCCUUCCUCAUCUGUCCGACCGAAUAGCCCUUCUCCUACUGCAUUAGCUUUCGGGGACCACCCUGUUCUACAACCAAAGCAGUUAUCCUUUAAGAUCACUCAGACUGAUCUUACAAUGCUGAAAUUGGCAGCAUUAGAAAGUAAUAAAAAUCAGGACCUGGAAAAGAAGGAGGGUCGGAUAGAUGAUUUGCUCAGGGCCAACUGUGAUCUCAGGCGGCAAAUAGAUGAUCAACAAAAAUUACUUGAAAAAUACAAAGAACGAUUAAAUAAGUGUAUUUCAAUGAGCAAGAAACUUCUUAUUGAAAAGAGUACACAAGAAAAAUUGUCAAGCAGAGAGAAGAGUAUGCAGGAUCGGUUGCGCCUUGGGCACUUCACAACAGUUAGACAUGGCGCUUCUUUUACUGAGCAAUGGACAGAUGGUUUUGCAUUUCAAAAUCUUGUGAAGCAACAAGAAUGGGUGAAUCAGCAAAGGGAAGAUAUUGAACGGCAAAGGAAACUUCUAGCCAAACGCAAACCUCCCACAGCUAAUAAUUCUCAGGCACCUGCUACCAAUUCUGAACCAAAACAAAGGAAAAACAAGGCAGUCAAUGGAGCAGAAAACGAUCCCUUUGUUAGGCCAAAUUUACCACAACUGCUGACUCUGGCAGAAUAUCAUGAGCAAGAGGAAAUUUUCAAACUUAGACUAGGACAUCUCAAAAAGGAAGAAGCCGAAAUCCAGGCGGAGCUGGAGCGUUUGGAAAGAGUUAGGAAUCUUCACAUACGAGAGCUCAAGAGAAUAAACAAUGAGGAUAAUUCACAGUUCAAAGAUCAUCCAACGUUAAAUGAAAGAUAUUUAUUACUUCAUCUACUUGGAAGAGGUGGCUUUAGUGAGGUGUAUAAGGCUUUUGACUUAUAUGAGCAAAGAUACGCUGCUGUGAAGAUCCACCAGCUUAAUAAAAGCUGGAGAGACGAAAAAAAAGAAAACUACCAUAAACAUGCCUGCAGAGAGUAUCGAAUACACAAGGAGCUGGAUCACCCCAGAAUAGUUAAACUCUAUGAUUACUUCUCCUUGGAUACAGAUACGUUUUGUACAGUGCUGGAGUACUGUGAAGGCAAUGACUUGGACUUCUACCUGAAGCAGCACAAGUUGAUGUCCGAGAAGGAGGCUCGCUCGAUUGUGAUGCAGAUAGUGAACGCCCUACGGUAUCUCAAUGAGAUCAAACCUCCUAUUAUACAUUACGACCUUAAGCCAGGAAAUAUCCUUCUGGUAGAUGGAACAGCGUGUGGAGAAAUCAAAAUCACUGAUUUUGGUCUGUCCAAGAUUAUGGAUGAUGAUAGCUAUGGUGUAGACGGAAUGGAUCUGACUUCCCAAGGGGCAGGCACUUACUGGUAUUUGCCUCCUGAGUGCUUUGUAGUUGGAAAAGAGCCGCCAAAGAUUUCCAACAAGGUUGAUGUGUGGUCGGUUGGAGUCAUCUUCUUUCAGUGUCUCUAUGGGAGAAAACCAUUUGGUCACAAUCAAUCCCAACAAGACAUUCUCCAGGAAAACACAAUACUAAAAGCCACAGAAGUCCAGUUCCCUGUCAAACCAGUUGUGAGCAGUGAAGCCAAGGCCUUCAUAAGACGCUGUUUGGCUUACCGAAAAGAAGAUCGAUUCGAUGUGCACCAGCUGGCAAAUGACCCCUACCUUCUGCCACACAUGAGAAGGUCCAAUUCUUCAGGAAACCUGCACAUGUCUGGACUGGCGGCUGCUCCUGCGCCUCCCCCGUCAAGCGUGAUCACGUACUGACGCUCCAGGAUUGGUUUCCAGAUGCAUACUUGAAUUUGAGUGCAUUUGAGGGUUGGGUAAGAAGUGUUUGUGAACUACAGCUCUCCGUGGAGUCCUGUGUGAGGGUGAUCAUGGACGUGACUGAGUGCACACUCCUCCCUCGGCCCCGGAGCAGCACGGAACAGGAAUACCAUGUCACAGCGGAAGAGGGACACUGUAAAUAACGUUUAUAAUACCUAAAUAUAUUUGAUGGUUACCAGAGUUCUAAUAUGAAGGGUAGUUUUUCAUUAUUUAAGAACACAUGGAAAGAUUAUUGGACAUUGUAACACGGAGCUACAGUGCCUGGUGCAGCGUCAGCACUCGGUGGCUGAUCUGCAGAAACCAAAGCAAGAACUGAGUGACAGCGGCCGUGCUGUUUAUAAGAGAGUGUGAGAGUUACGGUCUGUGGACAGUCGGACUUCGUCGUUGCCUAUUCUGGCUUUUACCAAGUUGUACCUCGAAUCACAUGUCCGUUUUCCCCACUGGUUGUGUUUAAAGGGAGCUGUCAUUUCUGGACACUUGACACCUUUAACACGAAGAGCUGCCUAUUUCCAAUCAGUUGAAGUCACUAAAUUAUAGUAUUCCCAGGGCUUUCAGUGUUUUAGAAUUAACAGGCAUUUUUCUUCUGUUUCCCGGCCUCGUUCACUAAAACAGGAGACAGUGUGUAACCAAAAGCAGGCCAGUUCUAUGCAGGAUAAUGAUAAAUUCCCUUCUGGCUCUGUUGUAAAUUACUGUACAGAUGUCGUAUUACAAUUACUGAGUUUCAGCAGCUUAUUCUUGUACAAAUGUUUAAAAAUACGGCUUUUCUAAUUGGAUAUUGUAUUUUUUUUAAGUCUUCUUGAAGGCGCUUUAAUUGCUGCUAAAUGAUAUUGCUUUUUUGCUAAAAAAAAAAAAAAAAUUGAAUGACCUCCCUGAAGGCACAAGUUGACUGUACAUCAUAGAGAGAUAUUAAAAGCAAGCAUUCAUUAACAAUCAAGGCAUGUAAAAUGAUCCAUGUUGGGCAUAUUGAGUUCUUUAAAUCAGUUUUUUAGGUUCUAGGGCUGUGGAGCACAUAGAUACUAGAUUUAUAAAUUGUUCAUGGUUAUUCUACAUUUCUAGAAAGUUCUUAGCAUCAAGGUGGGAUGUUGGUCCCAUAGAAUGUUUCUUGUGGGUUUGUACAGAUUUGUUAAAAUGUGAACAAUUUCUAACUGCCUUGUGUGGUAGAAACCAAUAUUUUUCGGGAUGCUGUAUUUCAUUUUUCUUUAAUGUCACAGUCAUAAUGCUGAGACUUACAUGUAAGUUGUCCAUGGUGCAGAAAACACACUCUCCCUCCAGAUACCCCUUAACAUGUACAGUUAAACUGUGGCUCUUACCUGAUGUUGCAAGCCAUUUUGUUCGUUCGUUUGUGUUUUUUUUUUCCAUUGUACAUAGACACAUUGUCUGUUUAAGAUGCUGCUGGAAUUAUAGAGAAUGUAGCCAACCAGUAAUAAACAAUGACAGUUAAAAUGUAAA